UGUCACUGCGCGCUUUCUUCACGGGCGGGACGUGUGGGACGAAAAUCUUUAUUUAUAUCACACACGACGAUGUUCCCGUAGAGUGCGACUGGCUGUGUACGUGCGUGACGAAACGAUACGAAAACACGACGACAAAAUGCCGAACGAGGAGGUGUUGGGUCCGCGGAAGACGAUGUUUGUACUUGUGAUUGUUGUUGGGUGUUUUGCUGUGUUGUGGCCUAGGAUCCUGUCGCCGCUGAUCACAGGCCCCAGUGGGGAGCAGCUCAAGCCGAACAAGUUCGACCGGGAGGCAGGAUGCUGCGAGGUCCUAUUCGAAAACGAUAUGGCUGUUCUGGAGCUUAUCAACGAAGUCUGCAGUUCAGCAGUUCAAGUUCACGGGAAGCUCAGUCCUCAUGCUGCCGCUGAAUGUCGGAAAGCAGUCAAUGAGACCUGUGGAGUGGAUUUAGCAGCAUUCCUUAAACGGAAUGAGAAUGUUGGGAAAACAUCUAAAGCAUUAAUAGAGACUAUGAAGAACAGCAACAGCUCUUGUCUGAAGGAGCACUUCGGAGUCCCUGUCUUGAGUCUCGGUGUCCAUAUAUCACAGAACUCAUGGACUCUGCAAGACACUAUCAAACAAGAGCGCCCUUUGAUCCGCGGCGCAGGACCACACCCGGCUCUGCGCGAAAGAGGACGGGCGAUACCUCCAGGUGUUCCCUCGUCUCCUACGAAGAGUUCCGUGGCAAUGCCUCCUCACGUCAGGGUACGAUCCUCACCGCUAUCCGUGUAUUAUGAUCUGGAUAUCAAGCCUCCACCAAUCCCCGGAAUGCGUCCACCGCUGGGAUCUCCUGGUGGUCCUGUACCCACACCCAAGUCUUCCAUGGGCUUCGUGAUGCCGAUCUACACAAUCUGCAUAAUCGUCUUCUUUGUCUACACUAUAAGCAAGAUUCUGUUCAGGCGGACCGCAAGCUCAUCGCCCUACGAGACCCUACCACCAGACCCUCAGUUCAGGAGGCGAGUGUUCAGGGAUGAUUCCAGGAGUACACCUGACAAACUAGGACCUAAAGAGCGGGACACAAGGGACGUGGAGUUGGAAGCGCUGAGGGCUCGCCUGGCUGAGACAGAGCGCGCGAUGCAAAGGAUCGUCAGCCAGCUGGCUCAGCGCGACGCGGAUGCACAGGAUAACAACGCUCGCCCAUACACGAAUGGGACAAUUCUACAUAACAGUGGCCCUGUACACAUAGUCGCUAGCGAGUACAAGGAGCCUAAUAAAGAGAGCUUGGAAAAGAAAGAACCAUCUCCUGCACCAGAGGAACCUAAACCAGUACCUGAACAAACCCAAGAAGAUAAAGAGCCCUCCUCCGAACCAGAAACCCAAAAACCUGUAGAAAAGGAACAAGAAGUCGAAAAAGAACAAGAACCGAAAGAUCAAGAACCGGCUAAAGAAGAAUCUGUACCUCAAAAAGAACAAACACCAGAAAAAGACACUCAAGUAAAAGAACUAACUCCUGAACCAAAAGAAUCUACACCAGAAGUCGAAGACCAAAAAGAAGAAGAAGUAAAGGAAGAAACCCCAGAAAAAGUAAUAGAACAAACAAAUGACACUGAUAAAUUGAUAAAACUGGUUGAUGAUGUAAAAGUGGAGAGGAAUGGAGAUGUAAGACACACGGAAGAGUUUAUUAAAGAGGAAGCAAAGUCUUCUGAGGCGCAGAAGGAGAAGCAGUCGACACCUGAACUUCUAGAAGAAGCUAUCAAAGAUGAUGAUGAUGAACAGGAGAAUGCUAGCGUUAAGGUGGUAGGCAUGGAGGUGCGGGCGCACCCGGCGGAUGGUGGAGCGUGGAGGGCGAAGCGCCCCACGGAGACUCCGCCUCCGAUCCCAGUCGUCGCCCCCGUCCCGCAGCGAGCGCACGAGGCUGAUCAGGUGCAGUCGAUAUACUUGGAGACGGAGAUCCCGCAGCAGUCGCGCGUACUCGUCACCGACUUCGCGGAGAAGAGGACUGACAGGCCUGCUCCUACUAAACAUUCACCGAUGGUGGUGAGUGGUAAGAUGACGCUAUCCCUGAUACAAGACGCGCCGCGGGACACGCCUGAGAGGGACCAAGAGUCGACAGUUGACGACUUCACAACGGCUAGUGCAGUCACGCAGAACGCUGAGAAAGAAGACGAAUCAGAAGAAGAGAUCGAGGAAGAGAUUGAAAUAGAAGAGAUAGAGGAAGAAGUUGAAGAGGAAGAGGAGGAAGAGGAAGAGCAAGCAAAAGCGGGAGAAGUAGACCACAAGGACAAGAAGACAGAGUGAAGUACUGAUAGAUAUACAUUGAUUUAAUAUAACUACUCGUACUUAAAGUUAUGUUUUGUGAUCUUGUAUAAACCAUUUUUAACCUUAUGCUAGUGGAAUUAAGGUUCAUUAGUGAUUAUAUGUACAAGGAAAAGAGCUUGUAAGUUGAUAUUCUGGGUUUAAAAAGGUAACUAAAGCAAUGGAAUUGCAUUAAAUGUGUCUGAUAUAGGUCACAAAAUAUAACGUGUUAAAAAAAGUAUAACUAUUUUGUUUAUGGUAUGCAAUUAAUUAUCUGUGUACUUAUUGUCUAUGCUUCUCUUCCUAGUCUGUUGUUGAGGAUGUACAUUUUGUUCUGUUGAUCUGUUACCGCAUUGUUUUAUGCUUUCUACGUUUUAUUACUGUUAUUCUGUAUAAUAGUUUUUAACAGUGUGAUUAGAAUUACCUACUGAGGAUUGGAUUCGAGUUUAUUCUAGAAUCCUAUAGUCUAUAAACUAUUGUCUAUAGUUUAGAAUGUAUAUCUAUUAUGAUUUUUCAGUAAGUUGUAAUAGUACUUAUAUUAAAUCUGAUUUGUCAUUGCAUAGUUAACGACAGUAAUGUAAUUUACAUCAUUUUCCCAUAAUUUUGUUAUCAGUAGAAAGCAGAACCCUCUACUAGGGUUUACACUAUAGAAAAUGAAUGGUGUUACCAGCUUAAAAAAACCUCAAAUAUCAAGCAACUAUUUUAGAGGAGUCUAAUCACGCUAAUGUUAUCAUCGUUUAUUAUUAUAAAUAAUACGAAUUUAUAAAUUAAUAUAAUUGAGUGUUCAAUGAUUUGUGCCAAAUAUUCCUUCAGGCUUCUUCCAAUUUACUUGACGUCUUAAUACGUUCGUUAUAUCCUUCCAAGUCUGUAAAUUAGCCAAAUUUUAAUUCAAAUCUUUAGAUAAAAUAUAAAUACGUAUAAAUUAUACAACCAUGCAAAAAAACUGCAGCAAGUCGUAUCUAAAUUCUAGCCAAAUUUCUUUAUUAGAAGUAUUGAUUGUAGACAAAAUGAUGACAUUAAUUUUUAAGUUUUUAUUUUUCAAAAUUAAUUGAUGUCCUAUUGGCUCAAUGAUUGUUUAGUGUGAUAAUGAAAUUUUAAUAUCGAAGCUCAAUCUACUGUGCAGUUUUUUUGCCAGUUAGUGUACUAGUGAAGCCCCAAUUAAUCUCUAUGUCUCCUAGUAUUGGGUGAUUAGUAUAAUAAAAUAUGUAUUAUAAUAAAAAAAAUUGCACCAGUGUGAACAUUAUGCUAGAUAUAAUUAUGCAUUUAAGAUACAUUGUGACAGUUGUUUUAUUUUUUAUAAUUUUUUUUUUUUGUUUAUUUGAAAUGAGAAUAGAAUUUGUGGAUAUAGUAUUUUUACGUGAUAGUACAGGCAUUGAAAUUAACAAUUUAAAUACUUGAACGAAGGAGGUUUAAUAUAUUUCACAUAGGUGGCAAGUUAAAAUGCACUUUAUCAAGGAUGUUGAAAAAAAGAUGGACAUAGCAUUACUUAGAAAUGAUUGAAGCACUAAAAUUUGAAAUGGUGUUUGCAUGUAUAAUAGGUUACUAUGUUACCAGACUUAGUCCUGUCCUUCAUGUAAAUGCGUUUAUGUUCUGCGUGUAACUCUAUAGUAGCCAGGCGCCACAGUUAUUGAUUCAAGAAACUGUGUCUGCAUUUUUUAUGUGUAAUAUGUUAGGCCGACGUUACUCAUUUCAGUAUUACAAUCAGUACUAUGUUUUAACAUUUAAUGUAGCAUUUUGUUAUGUUAUUGCUUAAUCUGUUUUUUAGUUCGUAAGCAAGGAUGUAGCUGGGAGGGUAAAUCAUCUAAUAAGUAGUUAUUGAAUCCGCUACUGACUUGUAUUGAAGCCAACAUACAUGGUGAUAAGAAAGGAGUAUAAUGUAUUACCGUCUAAUCAAUAAAAUGAGAGUCAACGAAAUAUUAAAACUUCCCCUUUUGGUUACACCCCUGGUUGUAAGAUAAUAAAAAUAACUCAAAAAUAA